AAUAUAAUUCUAAGCAUGCAUGAAUGAGACUUAAAAUUAAGCCAAAUACUUCAGAUAUUAGGUAAUAGUAAUACUAGGACAUGACCGUAGUUUGAAUUAAUAUCCAAAAAAUCACAAAGUUAACUAAACAAGUUCACUUUUUAACCUAAUUUUGAGUAAUUUGAAUAUUUUAGAGUACUUUGGAGAAGUUAAAUAAUUUUAUAUCGGUUUUUAUUAUUCAGAUACCUUUGAAUAUUUCAUAUUUUGAGGGUUUUUACCAAUUUUUGAGUAAUUUAGGUAUUUAAAAAAAUUAAAAACACCUGAAUAAAACUUAUGAGCACAAUAUCAAAAUCUGAUUAAAAAAACUUAUUCCCAAUCCGAACAUAUAGUAAAAAUUGCAUCUUUAAUGGGUAACACAUGUUAAUUCAAAAUUCAAACCUUUAUUAAAGAGAUCAAUUUGUCAAACAUAAAUAACUAUAAGGGUCAUUCAGUAAUAUUGCAAAUUAUAAGAAAAAGAAGCAUAAAAUGAUUUUAACAAUAAUAAAACUGUGUAGGUGGAGGAACAGAAUCACAAUAUUUUCCAGAGAGAAAAUCACGGAAACCGACGAAGAUUCUCUAUCUACAGAUGGUACAUUCGAAAGGGAGAAAUAGAUCUUAAGAAAGCUUAAAACAUGGAGACUUUAAACUUUCUUUAAACUCCCACGCAAGAAGAUCCGUUUUCAUCUCAGAAGCAGAGGAAAAAUGUGUAGUAACAUAAGCAGUGGAAGCUAUGGAGGAGACAGAGACUUCUUACAACGAGAUGAUUACUUUGGUUCUUGUCCGAAAAAACAGAAGAAAGAUAAAGUACGACGAAGAGGACCUGGUGUCGCCGAACUCGAGAAGAUCCGUUUAGAAGAAGAGAACAAAACUCCUUCUCUUGUAACUCCACAUUCUUCUUCUUCUUUAUCAUUACCAAGAACCGAUCACACUCUCUUUUUUCCUCCUCCUCCUCCUCCACAGCUUCCUUUGCCGUCCUCUUACACCACUAAUCAUAUUUUCCGGUGGUCACCGGCGACGGCGAUGCCUCCAAACUUUGAUUUGCCGUUGUCGUCUUACCUCUCGAACGGAUCUUUCCCUAUGGAUAUGAUUCCCCCAGUGCCGUUUUUGCAUAGGAAGCAGCAUUAUCCGAAUCAUCAGACGAUGAAUCUUGCGAACCCAUCUCCAGGACCAGGAAGAUUAUACCAGUUCAUAGAGCCCCCUUCAAACCAAAGAUCUUGCGUCGAUAAUGUCUCUCAGAUUCUUCAGGAAGAAGAAAAGGUUGUCAUGAGUGCGAAGAGGCCGUGGCAUUUUCUCGCAGACACCACCACGAAAGCUAGCGUUGGACCAAUCUCAAGGUUUCUUUGGGAGUUGAAACAUAACCGGUCGUUGGAUAUGAGAUUGAUAAGUCCGGUCCAAGAUUCCGGUACAACGAUUUGCAAUCCUAUCUCCAUUGAUUCACCUACCUCCAUUACGCGUGAUUUUAACGUACAGGUAAAGUUGAUAUCCUCCUAUUUGCUAUGUAUGUAUUUAUUUGCUGAAGUUGCUUACCCUAUUUCAUCAAAUCAUCUUGCUUUUAGUAUGAACAACAGCAACCAGAACAAGACUUUGAUGAGAACUUGCAAUGGAGAAGUAAGAAGACUUUCUAUAGCUUCAUACCCUCUAAUGAUCAGAGCAAUAUUGGACAAGAAUACCGAGCCUGUGAGCCACAUGAAUCUGCCGCUGAUCAUGGCAUCGAUCUCAGCCUUAAGUUAUAAAGAUUUUAAUUUACAAGAUACAAAAAAGAAUCACUAGGUUAUCUGUCUUAUGUAACUUUGGAUAUAUUAAUUAAAUUCCAUGCAACUAGAUUAGUUUGUGCUUCAUCAAUUUGCAGAAGACUAAUCAAGAGUUAGUAACCAGAGGGUUUGUUUGUAACACAGAAGUCCUGGUAAAAGAAACAUUUCAUUUUA